AUGUAUGUCAGUUCAUCGAUCGACACAGAAAUAGGGAAUGGAGAAAUUUAUUCAACGACAUUACCAUUGCAGAUAUCCACACCGGUACUUGACAAGAAAUUACAAUCUAAAUGCUCUAAAAUAUUAGCGUUACCAACAGUUAUAAUUUCUAAACGUUAUAUAAAUCGUCAUUGUGGCGGUAGUUCGGCUUUGGGUAAAUUAUUAUGUUUAAAAGCUUGUAAGCACUUAACUGAUGUUGGCUUAUUAAAAUUCGGUUUAUUUUUAAAAACAAAAUCAAAUCAGAAAGUACCAACAUGGAUUAAACUAUUACCAGAAUUAUUAAAUGUUAGUGAGAAGAAAACAUUUGAAUUUGAACAAAAGUUAAUUAAAAAUUAUGGCAUGACACUGGAGGACUAUACACAAACAUUUUCAAAGUCAAUUACUGAUGGUGAAUCAGAUGUAUAUCUGACUGCAGAAGCACAACUUAUAUUAAGUGCGGAAAGUUAUCAGAAAUUAUCAAUUGUUUGUGGUGACUUAUCAAAAAUUCAUUCAAAACGCGUACAACCAUCCUUACCAAAACAAAUUGAGAAUACAAGGCGAAUAAUUGAGUCUGAUAUCGAUAGUACAUUAAAUGCAUUGCGUAUGAAUGAAUCAAUGCACGUACCAUUACAAGAAGUCGCAGUUAAUUGUAAUAUAUCAAAUGACACAAAUAAUGUAUCCUAUAGUCAUAAACAAGUAAAAGAUAUAACAAAUAGAAAACAUCUGCUAUAUGACCAACAAUCAAUAAACGGUAUGAAUGGAUUAAUUCGCCCCGAUAAAAUUUUAGUUUGUGACAAAACUAAGAGAAUAUGCGCAGAAGUACCAAAAUCUAUUGAUUCAGUAACAAUUGGUGAAUGUUUAUCAACAUUGAUACAAUGUCAAAUGCCCGAUAAAAGUCAUCAUGUUGAACAGUCUACAAAUGAUAAGAAUUACACAGAAUCCCAAACAGUUAAAAUAAUAACACGUAAACGUCGGGUGAAAACAACAGAGGAAGCAAGAAAAAAUAAACGCGCGAAAAAGACGAAAAAAAAUGAAUGA